AUGUCAGAUGAUGAACAUUUUUCCCUUCAUAGCUUUGAUCCAGAUAACAAUAUUGAUAAUGAAAUCGACCAAUUUUAUUAGAAAUUGAGCCUUCAAUUUUAUGGUGAAGAUAAGCAGGAGAAGGUUUCCUCACUUAUCUCAGGUUCGACUCAGGAGACAAGCAAACCCAGCAGAGAUACGCUGCCAGAAGUGAAAAAGGGUUUUAAGUAUGUGACUCCUCUAUCUACAAGGCCAGGUAGUCCUAGGGCUGGUUAAAUUCAAGUUGAAAAGGGACUGAGAAAUCCAAACAGUGCACGGAGUCCUUCAAAGAGGAGACUUCCAUAAUCAAAUAAACUUCUCCAACUCCUGAAGUCACCUUAUAAUUAAAAGAAUACUUAGAAACAGGCUUUCAUCAAGAAACAAAUGGAUAUGAUAAGGCGAAUUUAGAUUUAGGAAUUAAAAGAGCAUUAUUAUAAAUGA